AUGAUCGCCGCAUAUCUCUCUAAGAUGUAUGAGCACGGCGCCAGGUUCGCAGGCGUUAUCUACAUGCACUGCAUUUCCGACUUCAGGAUGGACGGCACGUCUAAGCGCAACUUCAAGAUCUUCCGCGAGUUCUGCGGAGAGAGCUCACUCACAAACGUCAAAGACGAGAUCAGCGAAGCCAGAGAGUCGGAGCUUGCAAGCAAGGUCAAAUCCUUUAAGUCCUUGCUAGAGAAGGGAGCUCGGCUUCUCCGUCACUCCGCAAAUAUCAUCUUCCAUUAUCUUAUCAGCAUCCAGCCGGCUACACUCCGCAUUCAAUAA